CGGCGGGGUGCCAAGACCAUGCAACACCGAGCGGAGGCCAGGCCAGAGUCGGGGUCCCUGACACCCGCCCCCGCUACGACCCCUACCCCGGUCUGGGCUGCGGCUGACGGUAACGUUGCAGAACCUCCUGGCAGUCUCCAAGAAUAUUAUUGUGAGCUAUGUAUGGAAAAGUCCCAGGAAAUUAAACCUUUUAUAUUACACAUACUCCAAGAAGUAGAUGAAGAAAUUGGAAAGGGAUUGGAAGGAAUCACAGUAAACAUUGCUGGUAAUAGUCGCUUAAUGAUGGUAGAAAGAAUAACAGGUGAAGAUUUUUGGAUUCUUUGCAGAAUUUUAAAGAAUAAUCCAUAUAUUAAUGGUUUGGAUGUUAGAUAUAACCGGAUAAGUGAUGUUGGUGCAUACUAUGCUGCAAAACUGCUUCAGAAACAACAUAAUCUCAUUUACUUAAACCUUAUGUUUAAUGACAUUGGGCCCGAAGGUGGAGAAGUUAUUGCUAAAGCACUACAUAAGAAUACAACUCUGAAACACCUAAGAAUGACUGGAAACAAGAUCGAAAAUAAAGGUGGAAUGUUUUUUGCUACAAUGCUACAAAUUAAUUCAUCCUUAGAGAAAUUAGAUCUGGGUGACUGUGAUCUGGGAAUGCAAAGUGUGAUAGCAUUUGCUACAGUCCUAACUCAAAACCAAACAAUUAAGGGAUUAAACAUAAACCGACCUAUACUGUAUGGUGAACAGGAAGAGUCCACAGUUCAUCUAGCCCACAUGUUGAAAGAAAAUCAGUGCCUUGUUGAACUACACCUGUCUAAGCAUGAUAUAAAAAAUUCUGGUAUGAAGCACUUAUGUGAUGCACUGUAUCUGAACAGAUGCCUACGCUACCUUGAUAUAAGCUGCAAUAAAAUAACUCAGGAUGGAAUGGCGUGUUUGGCCGAUAUACUGAAAAGCAAUACUACCCUGGAAGUAAUAGAUCUUUCUUUUAACAGAAUAGAAAACGCAGGAGCAAACUAUCUCAGUGACACUCUUGCUGCACACAACAGGACUCUUAAAGCGUUGUCAGUGGUAAGCAACAACAUAGAGGGAGAAGGACUUGUUGCACUUUCACAGUCAGUGAAAAGAAACCCCACAUUCUCUAAUAUCUACAUUUGGGGAAACAAAUUUGAUGAAGCUACAUGUGUGGCAUACUCAGAUUUAAUUCACAUGGGCCAUCUAAAACCUGACAAUACAGAUGUGGAGCCAUUUGUAGUGGAUGGACAUGUGUACCUUGCAGAAGUCUCCAAUGGCCUUAAAAGGCAUUACUACUGGAUACCUGGUUAUGGAGAAGCUUGCAGCCAAUCAUCUAAUGCAGGUUUUAGUCUUGUACCCAUAGGUCAACAUCUAUGAAAAACAAGCUUUAAAAUAAUUUUUACACAUUUGUCUUAUUACUUUCACAGAAAUUAAUAUUUUAUUG